UACCGUAACGUUGAACGGCUCAUUCGUUUAACCAGAGCCUAUCGUUGUUGUUGAUAGGAAGCUCGAGAGAAUUAGAGCCGAGUGUGUGUCGAGAAGUGUUGACUCCUCUGACGUUGCUAGAUAUUAAACUCGUACGUCGGUCGUUCGAAUCUUCAAACACGUUGGUGAAUCAUUAACGACUGCCUGUAAUAUCGGUGCUUGGAAAUCAUUGUGCUUAUUUCAUGGAAAAAUAGUUGAUUGUUACACAUACGUACAUUAUCCGAUCGAGCAAGAGUUUAUAUUCAACAUCGCGGAACAAGCAGCAUUUAUGACAAGAAAGUUUUAAAUUGAGGAAAAGGAGAAGAAGGAAGUAAGAAGUCACGUGAUAUUUCUUUAUCGAAAUCGAUCGGUGGAUAGUGGUUGAGAAAACGAAACGGUCAUAUUACAGUGGCGAAUGUUAUCAUCUGCAUUUGACACGUUUACGUUUGGACAAUAAAAUUUCCAAAUUGGACCCAUUUUCACUGUUAUUGUCAUUAUUAUAAUAUACGUGCAAUUACGUGUAAGUAACCGUUGUUACAAAUGACGCAACGUGUCCCGAGCGCCGGUUUUUACGACGUUGACACAGCCAUCGAGGAUCACAACUACACGAUGUUUUCGAUGUAUCCGCCGCCACCUUCUCCGCCUUUGAAUUCAAACGGGGCGAUUAUGUCGAAGACGUAUUUAAACAGCAGCACAUUUGAUCACUGGCAAUUGACCAAAGAAGAGAAAGCCAUGCUCGUAUCGCACGACGGUCUUCACAGCGGAGUACCGACAAGAACAACACCAACGCUGACACCUACAACGCUGCGCAGUAUAGAGCAGUUUUUCGAACUCCCAAGCGAGUCCGCAUCUCACAGCCGAGAGGCUGGAUUUGUACCGCCUUUGGUAGAACCUUCGCAGCCAACCCCGGCGCAAACUCAAAACCCGGGUCAUCAUCACAAUCAUAAUAACAACAACAACAACAACCUUAAUCAUCAACAAGUAAACCCCAACGGGCUGCUUGUUCCUGUUGUCGAUAAUCAACAACAGUCUCCGACUCGGACGAGUAACAACCAGUCGCCGAAUCAGCCGCAGCAGACCAGGCGCAACAUGGGCGGAAGGCGACCUACUAGGACUGUCGGUAUGAGUCCUGAAGAGGAGGAACGCAGACAGGUUAGACGUGAGAGGAACAAAAUGGCAGCAGCCAGGUGCCGUAAGCGGAGGAUGGAUCACACCAAUGCCCUUCUUGAGGAAACCGAGGGCUUGGAGCAAAAAAAGCAGAACCUACAGGACGAGAUAACGCAGCUCAGACAAGCCAAGGAUGAACUGGAGUUCAUAUUGGAAGCGCACAGGGCUGUUUGUCGUCUGAGAGCGACUUCGCCACCAGAUGUAAAGCCGGAUAUAAAGCCGAUCGAACUGCAACCUUCGCAGCAACAGCAACAUCAACAGCAACAGCAACAGCAACAGCAACAUCAACAUCAACAUCAACAACAACAGAGCAACAAUGAUUUUGCGGAGCCUAUUUCCAGGGCGGCCAUAGCGACCGGGAAGCCGAACAGACCGAAUUCCCUACCGAUAUUCAACGAGCCUAAGGAGAGACCCGACACCUUGCAAUUCAAGACUGUAGAAACACCGGCCUUUAUGAAAACCGUGCCCGAAGUUGCCGGCGUGCCGAUAACGACACCUUCCAGUGGCAUACCAUUCAAUUUUGAGUCGUUGAUGGAGGGAGGAACCGGACUUACGCCUGUUUCUACUCCCCUCAUUCCGUCAUGCUCUUCCCAACAGAGGAGCAACCUUUCCGCCGUCGAUCUCAGUUCGCCUGACGCCAAUCCACCAAAGUUGGUCAGCUUGUGACGCCAGGACGACGACGAUAACAACCAAAAUGACGAUCAGAUUGACGACGAGGAUUACACGUCGGAUUACGAUAACGACACCGAGUCACGAGAGGGUUGAUCAUUUUAUAAUAACGAAGAUUUACUCUUCCCGUGAUUUAAUUUUAUUUUAUCGUGUGUGUUUCUUUUUUUUUCCCCUUUUCUAUCUUUUCUGAGAGUAGAAUCGGAUUUUAAAUCGCGUUGCAAGUGUUGGUCUGAAAUAUAAUUCGGACAAUGAAAGAUUAAUGAAGAAGAAGAAGAAGGUUUAGGGAAAAGUCGAGGAGAACGAGGCUUACUUUUUAUCUCUGAUUUCGAUUUUUCAUAACGUGUCUUAGGAAUGAGAGAGAGGACUGAAGAUAUUAAGAAGCCGCUCAAAAAUCUUGGCUUAAAUUGUUACCCCCCCCCCCCAUUCGAUUUUUGUUUAAUAUACAUACGAUCGCAUGUAUUAUUUUCUCCGACAAAGAUAGAUUGAUAGAUAAAUAAAUGUCUAGAC